AAAAGUGGGAAAAUUUAUUAAAAAAAAUAAAAAUUCUCAGCCUCAAGAAAGGAAUUUCUCAGUCUCAAGAUCGUCAUUAUUUGGAAACUAUUAGAAAAUGCCACUGUAGUGGCGAAGUCUGAUUAAUAGUAAUCAAAUAUUUCUUAAUAGUAACAGUGCACAAUAUCACUGUUUGGUUGCUGAGAAAAUUUGGAAAAGAAAAGAAAUUGAAAUUAUGCUUACUUUGUCCUUCAAAUGCUAUCGUCCUUUAUUGAGGUAAGCCUUUUGGCUUUUACUAUAAACAUAGCAUUCAAAAUUUCAGCUCAUUCUGUUUUCCUGCAUUUUCUCAGCAACCAAACAGAUGGUAUCAUUGCAAUAUUAAUGCUCUUCAAACUUCUGUGAUAUUUUGUCUUUUCAACGUUAGGAUUACUUGGAUUUACUGCUCAUCAUUGAAAAUUUUUCCUAUCUUGUUUAUAAUUUCAGUGGCUUUUUCUUUAUCAUCUUCCAAGCUGCUGAGGAUGUUACCAGUCGUCCUCCACGGAGAGUUGCUGAUUGACCAUGGAAACCUCACCUCUAGCUGUUGAAAGCUUUUCAUAUAGUUGGCUCAUAAAUGUAAAAUCAUCUCUUGAUGGUCUUGGGAGUCCCCUCAGAACAUCUCUUGACAUCUCCGAUGAAGCCACAUCCAAGGGAAAGGACUACAAUGUUUUAAAGUCUCAGAGAUUGAUGGAUGAAGCCCAGAAUUUUAACUUUGAUGUUCCCACCUCUCAGUCUUCUGUUGCUCUCAUUCAUGCUGAUGAGGUUUUCUCCAACGGAUUCAUCGUGCCUAUGUUCAUCGAUCCAUCAAAGAAAGAGGUGUUGGACACCUCACACUCCCUUUCCUCUGUGCCUGUUUCUUCGCUUCCCUCAAAACCUGGUAUUCCAGCAGUGGGAAUUCAUUGUAGUUUCUUCAGAAAAUGGCAAAAAUCAUCAAAGAGUGCCUUGUAUAAAUGUUUUGGAUUUUUUAGGCCUUUGCGCGGAAAAAUAGGUGGCUCAAGAAAAAGUAUUAGAGUAGAUGAUAUUGAUAGGAGACUGUGGGAAGCUAAGUCUUGGAGGGGUUCACCACAACCAUCUCUGCAGCAAAGUGCAUCUUCCUCUGUAGGUGAUUGGUGUCACAUGGAGAGCUCAAUCCAUGAGGCAGUUCUCUACUGCAAAAGAUCAAUUGAAAAAUGAGACUUGCUUUAUGCAAAAUGGGUGAAAAAGAUUGAAGGAAGAAGAGCUUCUAGAAAUGCAUGGCAAGAUAUUAAGCACCAGUAAUUGUUGUUUGUCCCUUUUCUGCCCUCUUGCUUCACGGCUGUUUAUGUAACUUUUUGCCUAUGAUACUCUUAAGUCUUAACCAUGGAAAUUCUCAUGUUAAACAAACCAAAUACUAUAUAUCAUUUUUCUUCUUGCUCUUGUAAGGAGAAGAAAUUUCAAACCUCUCAUUAAGUAUAAUUUGAUUUCAGGGUUUUUAAUAUUUUUUGUGUUUCUAUCAUA